UAGAGAACAUGGGUUUUUAUAAAGAAGAGAUAGAGAGAGCGAACAAAGAAAGGAUGUUAGCGGAGAUGGAUGCGAGAAAAAGAAAACUCCAGGAUAGAGAGAAAGGGAUAACAUAUGUUAAUAAAUCUCCUUUCUUCAGACGGGGAGUGGACAUUAAUGAAGAUACAAAUAAGGAUGAUAAUCGUAUCUGGGAUUACAUCCGCAACGAUGAAGGGUUAAUACAUAUGUUACAUGGGGAUUCAAGCCGAAAGGAGACGAUGAAAAUAAAUCUGAGAGAGCGAGGAAAGGCAUGGGCGGAGGGCUUUACUAAUGAAGAAUAUAGAGCAAACCCAAGAGCAGAGGAGCUACUCUACAGGAGCAGUGCAUAUGUUGAGGCAACUCGAAGAAUGUUUAAGACAUUGAGCGUAGGGGCCCUGGUGAUUGAUCGAAUUAUAGACUGCUGGGCUGAGGUGCUGAACUAUGAAGAAAAAUUCAAAGCACCAGGGUCGACCAACCGUUUGUUUAUGGGGACGAGAGUAGUUGUGAGUUAUUUUUUAAUAGCCAUAAAUUGUUUAUGUGCGAUGAAGCAUGAUAUAAUUAAUGCCAAUUGAAUUGUCUUUCAGUUUGAGUGGAUGCUGCUUGAUCAAGAGAUGCACCAUGAGAAACGUAUGGACAGGUUUAGAAAGAAUAUGCA